AUGGCCACCCACACCUACAAAGUCUUCAGCUGCUUCAACAGGAAGUUCACCCUAACCGAAGCGGGCCCACCGCCCGACGUCCAAAAUGCCUUUUCUAAAUUCACCGCCGGGGCCUCCUCCAUGUCCGCCGACGACCUCCUCCGGUUCCUGGAGGAGCAUCAGGGCGAAGAGGACUGCACCGCAUUCGAUUCCGAACGGAUCCUUCAGCAAUCGCAGAAGGAAGAUCAGGAAGGUGGAUUCGAUCUCCACGACUUUUUCCAUUUCCUGCAACACCACGAAUACAACGUCCCCUUGAAAUCUCGGGUGAGUUCUUGUUACUCUACUUUGUUUCCACAGAAAAAAGUUCAGUUUCCCAAUCCGUUUCUUUCUGACCGUAAAAUUUGCGGAGAGAAGGAGCUGUUCGAGUUGACGUUUGAUGUUAAGAAGAGCUGUAGAAUGGUCAGCCAUGGGAGGGAAGAAAGAGGGCUCAACGGGAGACCAAAUGUACAUCAUGAUAUGAAUGCUCCAUUGUCACAUUAUUUCAUAUUCACCGGGCAUAAUUCCUAUCUGACCGGGAAUCAACUGAGCAGUGACUGCAGUGAUGUGCCAAUCAUAAAGGCUUUGCAACGAGGUGUGCGAGUUAUUGAACUAGAUUUAUGGCCAAAUUCAGACAAAGAUGAUAUCGAUGUAGUUCAUGGAAGAACUCUUACCGCUCCUAUCUCACUCCUCCAAUGUUUGAAGUCCAUAAAAGAGUAUGCUUUUGUUAAAUCUCAGUACCCCCUCAUUAUAACUUUGGAAGAUCACCUUACUCCAGAUCUUCAAGCUAAAGUUGCAGUGAAAUCAGCUGACGAGGGUUCCUCAUUGCCAGACAAUACUAAUGAACCAGAAAUUGAUGAUAAGAGUGCAACUGAGUACAAACGCUUGAUUACAAUCCAUGCUGGGAAACCGAAGGGUAACAUACAGGAUGAAUUAAAAGCUGCUGGUAAAGUUAGGCGCAUAAGCUUGAGUGAACAAGCACUUGAAAAGGCUUCUGAAUCUUAUGGAGCUGAUAUUGUUAGGUUUACGCAGAACAAUUUUAUCAGAGUGUACCCAAAGGGAACGCGUUUCGACUCCUCAAAUUACAAACCACACAUAGGGUGGACAUACGGAGCUCAGAUGGUAGCGUUUAACAUGCAGGGGUAUGGCAAAUCACUUUGGUACAUGCAAGGAAUGUUUAGAACAAAUGGAGGCUGUGGUUAUGUGAAAAAGCCUAAAUUACUAAUGCAAAAAGGUCUAAAUGAUGAGGUUUUUGAUCCUAAAAUAACAUUGCCAGUGAAGAUAACAUUAAAGGUGAAAGUCUACAUGGGGAAUGGUUGGAGCUUAGAUUUCACCCCAACGGACUUUGAUACUUACUCACCACCAGACUUUUACGUUAAGGUUUGUACCGUCGGAGUUCCUGCUGACAUGGCCAAGAAGAAAACAAGUGUAAUUUCAAAUAAUUGGUUUCCUGUCUGGGACGAAGAGUUUGAUUUCCCUUUAACUGUUCCAGAGCUGGCUUUGCUCCGCAUAGAAGUUCGAGAAAAUGAUACGCAUCAAAAGGAUGACUUUGGUGGACAGACGUGUUUGCCAGUCUCAGAGCUGAAAACUGGAAUCCGAUCUGUCCCUCUGUAUGAUGAGAAGGGUGACAAAUUUAAAUCUGUGAAGCUUUUAAUGCGGUUUCUAAUUUUAGGACCACCCUUAUAA